AUGAAGGCUUCAACUAUUCUCUUCCUCGCCAGCGCCUCCCUCGUUGUUGCAGCUCCCACCGCACAGCCAGAGGCCAACUCUGAGGCCAGCAUCUCAUUCCUCGAAUCCACUCACUACAAGAGAGAGGCCAACCCCGAGGCUGAGGCCGAGCCUGCCAUCGAGUUUCUCGAAUCCGUUCACUACAAGAAGGAAGCUGAGCCUGAGGCUCAGCCAGCCAUCAACUUCUUGGAGUCCGUUCACUACAAGCGCAACCCCAAGGCCGAGGCGGAAGCCGAACCCGCUAUCAAUUUCCUCGAGUCAGUACACUACAAGAAGGAAGCUCAACCUGAGGCCGAGCCUGCUAUUGAAUUCCUCGAGUCUGUUCACUACAAGAAAGAGGCCCAGCCCGAAGCUGAGCCCGCCAUCAACUUCUUGGAGUCCGUUCACUACAAGCGCAACCCAGAGGCCGAGGCCGAGGCCGAGCCAGCCAUCGAAUUCUUGGAGUCUGUUCAUUACAAGAAAGAGGCUGAGGCAGAAGCUGCACCUGCAAUCGAGUUCCUUGACUCUGUUCACUACUAA